AUGGAAAAUACGAAACUAUUAAAAUUAAAUCAGAAAAUUUUUCACAAAUAUUUGGGAAAUAAAAACAAUAUAUUCAGAAUCUACACGACGAGAGGAUGAAUUUUCAUAUAAAGAACUUACAAAUUGGAGCUAAAAUGAAAAAGAUAUGAAAGAUUGAAGUUGAAGGUGCAACAAUGGUGGAAAUCCGAGCUUUGAAGAGGAAGAAGAAGAUCUUUUUGAACUAGUUUCGGGCUAUGAAUGGUGUGUUUGAGUUCAGCAAAAAUCGGGCUAUUUAUAGGACAAAAAAUCCCGUAGGCGCCCAACCAGGCGGCCGCCUCUGGCCUUGUCCCGGCCACCUUCCGUCCCAUCACCGGCAGUCGAACGUGCGCCAGUCAAUUCAUCCGCCGCAAGAGGUCCAGCAGGCGGCCGCCUGCCGUUCCUGUCUGGCCGCCUGCCGUCAAAUCCCACCGGCCGGUGGUUGGUUUGUUGCCUUGUACCGCAGGUGGCCACCGAAGGCGGCCGCCUUCCGUCCAGUGUCGGCAGCCUUCGGUCUUCUUCCCGUUUUGAGUCAAAGCCAAUGUAGACUUUUGAUUUUUUCCGUAGGCGGCCGCGAAGGCCUCCAUUUUGGCCGCCUAUCUGGCCGCCUGUGAGCUUCUUUGUCUGACUUUUUCCCUGUUUUGUGCUCUUCAAUUUUGUCUUCUGGACCACUUUGAUAUAAUCCUUGCUUCUUCUGGUAUGAUAUUAUUUGUUACUCAAAUUGACUCAUUGUGUGCUUAAUUGACCCGAAAUUUUGUCAAACAUAUCAUGGACGUGAUUUUUACAUGAUUUCACGAAACUUGAACCAAAAUAUAUAAAACAUGCCUUGUUUUUCUAUUUUUCAAUCCAAAAUCACUUAAAUUUGAUAAGAAAAAUAAGUACAAAAUGGACUUAUCAAUCUCCUCACACUUAAGCGUUGCUUGUCCUCAAGCGACAAAUUAGGUUCAAACACACUAAAAAAGGUAAAACAUGACUGAAUCACAAUCGAAUUGCUAUUAAAAAAAUAGAAACAAAAAUCUCCCUUUUUUAUUCUCAAUUUUUAAACAUUUUAGAAAAAUCACCCAAAAUACAAGAAUUUAAAAUUGUUAUUACUUUAUAAAAACUAUUGAUUAUGUUAAACCACCAAUCAAUUCCUUAUCCCAAGGUUUUCAUUAUUCUAAUUAGGACAUUUAUCUUAUUCACAAAUUAUGUUUUUUUUUCUUUUCCACUCUUGUUGGCGGUGUUAUCCCAUGGUAGAUGCAUAUUUCAUUCUCACAGACUAUAAUUAACGAAUGAAACCGAGCCCCUUUUCGGAGAUGGAAUUGUCCUAUAACAAUGAGUUUUGAAGAGAUUUAUUAAUAAUAGUAUUUGUUUUGUGAAUAAAAUGAAUGUCCAAUAAAAUAAAAUUAGCCCUUUACAUUCGCAACCAAAAACCCAUAACAAUUUCAAGUUUUCUAAAAAUAAUAAUAAAAGUAAAUUCUUAUAAUAAGGGUGAUCCUCUAAGCUAUUAUGUGAUUGAUAACAAUUGAGAAGUGAAUGUUUCAUAUCAAAAGUAGUAAAAAGAUUGAUCUAAAACAAGGUUUUAACUUUUUGAGUGUAAAACGCAACCUCCUCACACUUGAGUUGGACCUCGCCCUCGAGGUCUCUUUUUAAUGCACAAAGUUUUGAAAUAAAGGCACAUUUUUUUGGUUCUUUCCUCACACUUUAGUUUUGAAAAGAUUUUGUGAAGAGGAAUGAUGAAAAGAGGAAUAAAAUUGUUUUUAAAAAUAUCCUUAUAUCAUCCAUAGUCAGUUUUUUUUUUUGAAAUCGGGUCAAAGCGUUCAACUCACAAUUUAUUUAAUGAAACACAACCUGCAAUCACACAAAACAAACAAACAAAGUUAUGAAAAACAUGGGUUGCCUCUCAAGAAGCGCUUCUUUAACGUCACUAGCUUGACGUUUGAGAGAACUCUCUGUAAUGCAAAUCAGUUGUGGAGCACUCAUCACUAGUGCAUCCACCUUAUCCUCUAGGUAUGCAGUCAGAUGACGUAGACCUUCAAACUCUCGUGACCACCAAAAUGUGACAUAAUCUUCAAAGAACACGUCGUUCGAACAAGGAAUUAGCACAUAUCCUGCAUCACUCUCAUUAGUAGAAUCAACAAGUAUUUCAGGAUCAGGUGCCUCUGGUUUCUCCAACCGCUCAAAUGGAGCCAUCAAGGUAAAAGUAGCCUGACUAGAGAUUUCAUACUCCUCUUGAUGGGGUUUCUCUUCUUCAUCUAUGCCCUCAACAUGGAAAUCACAAAGUAUAGACUCUGUGUCACUCUCUAAGAAUGCAUCCCAACUUCCUAACUCACUAACCCCACAAAUAUCAUCUAGGCAAACAGAUCCUUGACUAGCACAACUAUGUUUGUCAUCAUUGAGUAGAGAGUCAAAGAAGGCGUUAUCGGACAAUGUUUUCUCAACAUCACAUGUUUCAUCAACUACUUGAUCAGGCACUUGGGCUCGUGUAGGAUCAACAUCUUCAUCAAGGCUAUCUUUCAAGGACUCUUUAAGUGAGAGGUCAUCCAUAGAUGGUAGGGUAGGGUCGGUGUCACAAAGUAUUUCCUCGUCUAUGGUCUCUUCAUCAACUUCAGUGGGCACUUUCAAAUUGGGCUCUUCAGGACUAAUUUCUACAAGGACAAGUUCUAGCUCAGUAGCAAUGAGAGGCUCAAAAGAAAGUCUCCCUAACUUGAAUUCGCCCAUGCUAAAAUUAAAAUCAAGAAUUCACCGUGCCAUUCCCCGGCAACGGCGCCAUUUGAUAACCGCAUACGCGGCGUUGUAGUAAAACGGAGUCUAACCUUUUGGUUUUUCCCCGAGUAUCGUGUCUCUUGAGGAAUGACGAAGGAGUUUCUUAAUUUUAAAUCCAGUCACAAGUUAUCGCAAAUUAUUGGAAGCUUUGCAAAUUAAAACUUUUGAUUGAUUUUCUAAACUAACUUUUGAAAAAGAAAGUAAAUUAAAUUAUGCAAAAUAUUAAUAAUGGCUCAAAAUAAACUAAAUGAAAAAUAUAAUAUUAAACUCUAAAUGGAUUGAUCAAAGAAGGGCAAUGAAUUGAAUAAUUAGAAAUGGAUAUAUUCUUGGACCUAGUAAUUAGGGGAAUUAGAACACAAAUUAGACUAAUAAUUUCUUUUCUCAUAGACAAGAUUAAAAAUCACUUUCAUUAAUUUAUCCUAUUUCUAGGGUUCAUCAAUGUAUUCAAAAAUGGUUGGCUUGAAUUAAAUUCUAAUCUCAUAGACAAGACAGAAAUAAUUCUCCAAUAUUUUGUUCAAUAAAAAUAGCCAAAUUCAUUAACUAAUUAAAACUCAUUAAUUAAGCAAUUUGAAUUUAAUUCUCAUAGACAAGAUGUAAAUCCAUUUCAUUAAAAUUUCCUAUUUCUAGGUGUUGGAGAUAUUUAAUUGUGAAUCAAGUUGGUCAUAGAUUAGCUUUAUAUUUAAUCCUUGUAUUUAAUUAGUGCAUAAAUUAGAUAGAAAUCAGGCCAAGUGUUAGGCCCAUUUAAACAGGCCAAAAGCCUGGCACGCCUAACCUAAAACUCGCCUAUAAAAAGGGAGCCGAGGUUUAGGAAAAGGUUGAACGUCGUACUUAUUAUUCAUAGCCUUACGCAUAUCAUUCUGCUGUACGUUCCACGGUUUAUCAAAGAAGGUUUUACGGUGAUUCAUUCUGUGUUCAUCUUUACGUUUAAUCUUCCUUGUUAGAUCGAUUAUUCACUGCUGUUACAGAAACAGGGACUAACAAUUGGUAUCAGAGCCGAUCGAGAACGAUCAGAAGAACUCCUGCAGAAUACUCUGUUUUUGUUAACGUAGUUCAUUCUGUCGAUUUUUUGCUCUGUAAUUUUGUUUCUUGUUCAAAAAUUGUAAAAGUUACACCUUUGGAAUCGCCUUUUCAAAGCGAUCAAAGAGUAUACUUCAGAUUGUGUUUUACGCAAAUUUAGAUUUCGAGAUAUCUCGAGCAGGGGUUGUCGACAUCCUGCUUUUUCACAGGUUCUGCUACGUUUUUCGAGCUGAAAACUUUACACGAAGAUCUCGACAUUCAACUCUACAGGAAACUACCUUCAGAUUUUGUUUAUCUAAUUUUUACAGGUUGCAGGAUUUCGACAUUGAAGAUUUCGACAUCUAGGAUUUCGAGAUCUUGAUUUCGAGAAAAGGAUUCGACAUCUGGUCUCGACAUUUGACUUAUCAGAUUAAGAUUUCGAGUGAUUAACUUCUCGACAUUUCAAAUCUCGAGAUCAGCAUCUCGAAAUUUGAAAUCUCGAGAUCCCUAAUCUCGAGAUCCUUAAUCUCGAGGCCAAAUCUCGAUACCGGGCCUCCUUUAUCGAAAUCUGAGAUUUCGAUAUUCAGAUCUCGACAUCUGAUUUUUCGACUUUCUGCCUCUGAAAAUCUUUUGAUCAAUUUUCUCGAACGGUCAGUUUAGUACAGCAAUGGGUUCAGAAUACAAUGCACAAGGAAACAGCAGUACCCCUCCUAGUCUCAGGAAGGGAGAAUAUCAAAUGUGGAGGAACAGAUUUCUAAAUUUCCUCGAGCAUAAAGAGAACUCUUCUGCGAUGCUCGAAUCUUUGCUUGAAGGACCAGCUGAACUCUUGAUUUCAGUUGGUGGAGAUCCAGAAAAUAAUCCUCCUAUUUUUCCAGAAAUAAGGAGAAAAGUGUCGUCUGAAUACACAGAAGCUGACAAGCUCAGACUUCGUGGUGACCUUAUGGCCAAAACGUACCUCCUUCAAGCAAUACCAAAUGAAGUUUAUGUUCUCAUUGAUAGCAUGCAGACAGCUAAGGAAAUGUGGGAUGAAAUAGAGAAGCUGCUACAAGACACAAGCAUCAGCCUCAAAACAAAGAAGACUACAAUCCUCAUCGCUUAUGACUCCUUCAAAGCAGGUCCAGGAGAACCAUUGAAUGAGACUUACAACAGACUUGUUCAACUGGUUAAUGAACUCAGAAAGAUCAAAGUAUUCAGGUCCAAUCUGGAACUGAACAUUAGAUUUUUAUCCAGCCUGCAUCCUGCAUGGGAAAAGACAGUGAAGGAUGUCAGAUCUCGGAUAGAUUUGGACGAAAUUGACCUCUGCACACUCUAUGAACAUCUGAAGCAAUUCGUCAAUGAGGUUGCCUGUGCUGAGGAUCAUCACACCACAAACCCCUUAGCUCUUGUAAUGGAGGCUCAGCCGAGAAGAACAACCACUUCACUAAAGAAGAAAAAGAAGAAGGUGGUGGUUGAAUCAGAUGAUGAUGAGAGUGACGAGGACAAAUCUGAUCUAGAGGCUGAGCUAGCAGACUUACAUAAAAAGAUGACACUGCUUGCCAAAAGAUUUGCUAAGAAAAACAGCUCCUCCAACAGGCUGAGAACUUCCUCCUCAAACUACAAGCAGAAGAACCAUGAUCAAG